CUGACUCUACUUUGAACGUACCGUAGGACCCGGUCGAGCGGCCUUCUUGCGCCGGAAGAUUUCCGAACGAGGAUCGAGAGGAGGGAGCAGGAAUCGGACGAGAGGAAGCCUCCGAGCGAUCCGCGCGGCGCAAUUGGAAGACGUGGAGAGAAAGUUUACGAAGAGAAAUCUCGCGCAGCCGGACUCUGGGUUUCUUCUGCACAUGAGCUUAGCCGCGUGUCCGGUGAAUCGUCAGAGUUGGAGCUCAUGAUUUCCAUGAGCGCCGAAAAGAUCGUCGGACUGGUGAAAACGGAGCGAAUUGAUCGCAGGGAUAUUGACAAAUUAUCGGAUGCUGAUGGAUCGGUGGUGAAUGAUUGCUGAAUGAGAAUUAUAAGCGUAGAAUGCUGAGUAGAUAUAUUGGUUUGAUUGAUCGAUGGGACCCGUGGCGCGCUUGCGUCGGCUCCAGCGCCAGCUGACAUUGAAGGUGCAGUUUCAGCAGCAUCGGACGCACGCGUGCCUUCUGCUGCCGCUCUUUGUUAUCAUAAUACUAUGCUUUUUGUGGCCUAUGGCCUCCACCGCACCUGCGUACAAGCCUCUUUACUUCCUAAGCCUCGGUGAUUAUGGAACGGGAUCACUGGAGCAGAGAGCAGUGGGGAAUCAGAUGGCCGACGCUGCUGAAAGGCACGAUGCACAAUUCGUUGUGACUGUUGGAGACAAUUUCUACCCUCGUGGUAUCAAAGGGCUGGACGAUCCCCAAAUUAAAAACAACUUUGAGGACAUAUAUGCAGACAAGUCUCUCCAAAUUCCCUGGUAUGUGGCUCUUGGAGAUCAUGACCACAGGGGCAGUGUCGCAGCACUGAUUGCCUACUCCAAUGUAUCAAACCGCUGGCAGCUGCCAGGACCCUAUUAUGUCAAGACCAUACCUUUGACUGGCAUCCAUACUCUGGACCUCAUCAUCACGGACAGUAUUGGCCUGGAGGGUGUUUUGGUGAAUGAAAGCGAAACUAGACGUUUUGAAAAGGAUUACAAUAUGACUGUCGCUGGCGCAGAGGCUGGACAAAGACAAUUGGAAUGGCUCACUGAAGUUCUGGCGAACAGCAAAGCUGAUUGGCGCAUUGUGGUGGGACACCGUCCCUUGCAGAGCGUUGCAGAUCGUAGCCGUUUCCCCGUGGAGGACAGACUACACGAUUUGCUAUCUCCACUCUUCGUGAAAUAUGGAGUGCAUGUAUACAUGCACGGUCAUGAUCAUGUCGGACAACACUUGGUGGAUAAAGGGGUCGUCUAUGUUGGCAAUGGAGUGGGUGGCUUUGGAACUCAUCCAGCGCAUACUACCAACAACACCGUAUGGUUCAGGAAUGAUUACAUGGGCUUCAUUGUCCAUAAAGUUACUCCUUCUCAAAUGGAGUUCAAAUAUAAGAAUCACAAAGGAGUUACUGUACACAAGAUCAUAUUGAAACAGGAUUAUUCGGAGAUGUGAUUAUAAGGUCGUCAUCGAUGACCCUAAGCACGGCAAGUCCUCGUUAAGAAGUUCGAUCUUGCUGUUUGAAGAGUUUUAAAUUAUCUGUGAAUUUUGACGUGAAAAGCAAGGACAUUGCUCGCAAUCCAACACACGAAGUAUUUAGAGAGAUUGGCGGAAGGAGGCUUUAUGGAGUUUGCUGCAAGCGUUUAUGUGUUUGGUAAGAGAAGCUAGGGGCAGAAUCGAUAGAUUUUCAGACGGGACAUCUCACCUUGUCAAUUCAAUUCAAAUGAAGUGUCAAAGGUCUCGACACUUGAUCUUAUCGUAGAUUACUGUAGGUCUUUUAAAGGUAGGCUUUUUAAGGCACUAGAUCGGCAACAUUGCCGAGCUUAGAAUCUUGUACAAUUAAAUGUUUCUUAUGACAUAGUCUCUUAUUUAACUCUUCGAUCUUAUAGUCUGUACCAUAUUUGAGGUAGGCAAUCCACUUUUGAUCCCAUGAAGAUGCUUCAUCAGGCGUAUCAUGUUUGAUGUAAUCUCGCACAAUUCAAUUCCC